AUGCACAGGAUGGAAGAAAUGGAUAGCCCGAUGACGCCCGCCCCACCUGGUCGAUUCAAAUCGAUGUUUCGUUCUAUCCUGAGGGAGAAGAAUACACCUGGGAGCGGACAGAGCGUGCGAUGGGGAGCGCGAGAUGCUUACCGAACAAUUACACCUAAUACAUCUGCGGCGAGUGGAGAAGAUGCUAUGCAUUCACCACUAUACGAGGACGAGGAGGGCAGCUCGUUCAGGGCUCGCAUGCAGGAUGAGAGCAGCGACGACCACGGAGAGAAAAUCGACCAACUCGCAGCAAUGGGUCAGAGUGUGGGAUCUCGUUUUGCUGCAUCAGGGUCAACUACACCUCCUACCUCCGGUCCUUCCAAGCUGUCUACGUCGACCCUUCCUCCCAUUCCCCGUCCGCGGUUCAACCCUUCUGCCCCUUCAACAUCUUCGCCUUUGACCCAUGACGACUCGACCGUAUUCUUUCCCGACUCGAUGUCGCCUGCCCUUGACCAUCAGUCUUCCUACAAACCGUUUGAUAUGUCGCUCGAGAUGGAUAGUAUUCCCAACAUUCCCGAUAGGACUUCCCCGCUAGUUUCAGACUCAUCCUUGCCGACCCGGAGAGUCUCACGGCCAACUCGACCUUCUAUACUCCCCAGUGAUCUCACCCAAGACAACGAAACCCAAUUCGUUAGCGCAGCAGAUGUCUCUGAGGGCGCCACCGACGACUUGACCGAGCAGGCAAGAAAGUGUAUGAAUGUCACGGCCGGCCCAAGCAAGUCUAUCCGAGGGAUGACCACCGUCUAUCCUCCUGGGAUGUACAACUUUACAAAGUCGACUGUCAUCCCUUCCAAUCCUAUCCCUUCAUUCUCUGCUGAGCCUGAGGUUGAUCCUGGUCCGAAACCCAAAUCAAGGUCCAAGUUUAUUGACCCUGUUGGCUCCUCGUCGUUGGAUUUCAUUAUCGCUCCAGGUGCUAGCCUUUCUAGAACUGCUCGUGCGAGAACCUCCUUACCUCCUCAGCCUUUGCCGCCAUUCGACCCUCCGCCUGUGCCCACAUCCUCUCGAUCACUGUCAACAUCUAAUCUCACGUUACAGCCCCCAGCCUCCCCCCGUGCUUCCUUUUCCCGCCCCGAGGACGAGUCCAACUUGCUUGCCAGGGCAACCACCACCAAAACCUUUCAAAUAUCUACUCGAGAAUUACCAACAUUCUACCCGCCUGGAGGUUACAAAUUCGAUCCUACGCAAAUUGACCCCGAUAACAUUCCCGAGCUCUCCCGAUUUUUCAUACCAGAUACCGAGGGCCCCGACAACUCUAAGCUUGGACCUGACGCCUCUCGGGGCAGUGUUACGAUUGGUCAUCGGCACAAUGCUUCGGUCGGAAGCGUUGGGUCCCGAAAAUCCCUGCAGUUAUUGGACCUCGACGAAUCUAAUGCCUCUACUGUUUCACCAUCGCGAGUUCCUCUUGCCGUCUCAAAGUCUGUGUCUCGUAGCCGACCCAAUUCACUCUCUUCUAACUCAUCGUUCUCCGGAGCCAAUCCCAACUCUCUUGCCGACCUCACUCAACUCAUCGAAUCACAAUAUAAAGCCGAUCUCGCCGCCCACACCGCCCUCGUCCCUAUUCUUCUUUCCCGCGCCGAGACGGCUGAAGGUUCUGCCCAGAGAUUAUCCUGUGUUGUCAAGGAUGCCCGUACCCGUGUCAAAGAACUCGAGCGAUUAUGUGGAGAGCUUGGUCACGAGGUUGGACUAUUGAAAAAGGAGCGCUCUGAGCUUAUUGCUGACCGUGAGCGAAUCGCCAACGAACGGGAUGGAUUGCGCACUUCUCAAGUUGGCCUGGAGGCUCGAAUAGGCGACAUGUCGACCGAGCGAGAUUCGCUGCUGUCGGAGAUUGGAAACUUGAGCACUGACCUGGAUACACUUGCCCAAGCGCAGACUGCUCGAGGCGUCCUCGAUGCGGCGAGCGGCAAUGCGAUGCGGGAGAUGCAUGUCCAGCUGAGCCGGGCCGAGAAGGAAGCUAAAAGGAGUCUACGGAGAAAGGAGGAGAGGGACGAGGCCCGUGCGAGGUUGGCUGAAUUGGAGUCUCGACUUGAGGAUGUGGAGAAGUCCCGCGUAGGAUGGGGCCAGCGGCGUGGUGUGCUGGAGACCGAGGUUCGAGACUUGGAGGUCCGUGUGGAGAGGGAAAAGGAUGGGUCUGGAGCCAAGGAAGCCUUUGCGUUGGAGAGGCAGCAGUGGGAAAAGGAACGGAUGGCAUUGCUGGAUAGGGCCGUUCGGGCCGAGCAAGCCCUCGAUGCUGCCAAGGACCCCGACACGGCCGAGACCGACCAGAAGCUUCGAAGACAGUUGGAAGAGUACAAGGCUGAAGUCGAGUCACAGUGGAAGUAUGCUGAACAAGCGGAUACUACAAUCAAGGCGUUGGAAGCCGAUGUCAACCGUCUCAACAAGGAGCUCGAGAACGCCCGAAAGGCGGGCCGUCGGAGUCCACAGUCGGACGAAGGGUGGAAGCGCAAGGAGGCCGAGUGGGAGCGCCAACGGGCUGAAUGGGAGCGGGCAAAGGCCGAGUCACAGGCCGGAGAACAAGCUCGCCAGGAGGAUAUGCAGGCCGAGAUCGACGCUCUCAAGGAGGAUAUGGAUGGGCUGGCAUAUGAGCGGGACGCUUAUCAAGCCGAAUUGAACGAGGUCCGAUCCGAACUUGUCAAAUUUACCAAGGAGCGCUCUGAGGCAGGCAAGGUCCAGGCGGAGAUGAAACGCAUGGAGGAGGAUAUGGCCAUACUAGCUGAUCGAGCCCAACACGCGGAAGAAAAGUACAUCUCCACACAAAAUGAGUUGCGAACCACUCAGUCCAAACUCGUCGAACAGCAAGAUCAAAUCAAGGUGUACGAAAACUCCAAUCAAGGCCCAAAGCAGCUCCAGGGCGAUCUGGGCGACUUGCGAGCCGAACGGAAGAAUCUAGAAAAUGAGCGAAACCAGCUCCUUGAGAACAUAGAACGUACCGAGAAGCAGAUGCGGGAUUUAGAAGCUCGCUGCGUUCGUGCUGAAAAUGAUCGAGCCGAACUUGUUCAGGAUCGGGCCGAGAUUGAGGACGAGAUGGAGCGUAUGCGGGUUGAGCUCGAGGAUGCCAGGCAUGAAAGAGGUUCGCUUGAACAAAAAUGCGAUUCUCUGGCACAGCAGCUUAGUUCUGAGCAAGCUGCCCGCUCUUCAGUGGCCAAAGAGCACCAGCGAGUUAUCACGCGACUCGAAGACCUUGAUCGCGAACACCAGUCGUCCUUGGACACUAUCCGUCGCCUGGAACGGAUUGUACAAGCGCGUAAUACAGAACUCGCCCAGACCGAGGAAUCCAUUCGUACUCAAGCAUUAGAAGCCGAGCAACUUCGAUCUCAUAGGCGUGAGUUGGAGCGCAUCAAAGUCCAGCGUGAUGACGCACUCCAAGCCGAGUCCCAGCUGCGAAAACAAUUGGACGACGCUCAGAAAUUACGUUCUGUUGAGGGCACCGAGCUUUCAAAACUGCGGGAACGGGUGAAGCACCUAGUCGAUGAGAGCACCCGCACGCAGCGACGAGUGAGCGAACUAAUGACGGAAAGUGCCGACAAAGAAGUCCGAAUUGUUCAAUUGUCCAAAGCUCGUGCUCAGGAUCUCGAAGACAAGGAAGGACUGAAUGUGGCGCUUCAAUCGAAACAGCAGGAACUCGAAUUGAUUAAACGCAAGUUGGGUGUUCGAGGAACUGCAGGAGCAACGCCUGCCCCGUCGAGAAUGAACAAAGGAUCCUAUUCUCGUCGCGAAUCGACAGCCUCGUCCGCCGCGCUCGAAACUCCACUACCACGUGCAAUGAUCAGGAAGGAUUACCCAGAUUUUGCACCCUCUGAAUCUACGGCGACGGCGUCUUCCUAUUCUGUUGCCGCUACCCCACUUCAGACGAGCUCUCGUGCAAACAUCUAUGGAACGACCGCAGAGGUCAAUAUCACCAAUCCGGACACUGUCAAACCUGGCAGGCGUAUUUCUGAUUCCAUCCCCCCUCGAUCAUCUCUGCGGACUGUAUCCGUGACCCGUCGACCCUCUAUUUCUGCUUCAUCCCUCCGUGGAGUACACUUUGCCGCUACUGAGACUAGUCGGUUUGAAGCAGACGAUUCUGACGCGACAAUUCAACAGAUAUUAGCAAUUUAA